UCCCCGACACGUGACCCGGGAGUAGGCGGGGCAGCGCGGUGACGCAGCACGCAGGGGGCGGGGCGGCGGUAGUUGGCGCGCAGAGCGGCGGCCGCUGUCAGAGCAGAGCCGCGCGCGGGCGGGACGGACGCGCCAGCAGGAGCUUGUGAGCGGCUACAGGACAAAAAUGUUUCACUUAAGGACUUGUGCUGCUAAAUUGAGGCCAUUGACGGCCUCACAGACUGUUAAGACAAUUUCUCAACACAAGCCAGCAGUACCACGGACGUUUCAACAAGUCAGGAGCUACAGUGCACCUGUUGCUGCUGAGCCAUUUUUGAGUGGGACUAGUUCGAACUAUGUGGAGGAAAUGUACUAUGCUUGGCUGGAAAAUCCCAAAAGUGUACAUAAGUCAUGGGACAUAUUCUUUCGCAAUGCCAAUGCUGGAGCUGCUCCAGGUACUGCUUACCAAAGCCCCCCUCCACUGAGCACCAGCCUGUCUGCACUGACGCAAGCACAGUCCCUGGUUCAAGCACAGCCGAAUGUAGAUAAACUAGUGGACGAUCAUCUUGCAGUGCAAUCUCUUAUCAGGGCAUAUCAGAUUCGAGGGCAUCAUGUAGCACAGCUCGACCCACUGGGAAUCUUGGAUGCAGAUCUGGACUCGUGCGUUCCAGCUGAUAUUAUCACAUCCUCAGACAAACUGGAUCUUGCAGUGUUCAAGGAGCGGCUGAGAUUGCUAACAGUAGGAGGGUUUUAUGGACUUGAUGAAUCGGAUCUCGACAAGGUCUUCCACUUGCCCACGACCACUUUCAUUGGAGGCAAUGAGUCGGCUCUUCCGCUCCGCGAGAUCAUCCGCCGCCUGGAGAUGGCUUACUGCCAGCACAUUGGCGUGGAGUUCAUGUUUAUUAAUGACCUAGAGCAAUGUCAGUGGAUACGGCGGAAAUUUGAGACUCCAGGAAUCAUGCAGUUUACCACUGACGAGAAACGCACCCUACUGGCAAGGCUGGUGCGCUCAACCAGGUUUGAGGAGUUCCUCCAUCGGAAAUGGUCUUCGGAGAAGCGGUUUGGCUUGGAAGGCUGUGAGGUGCUUAUCCCAGCCCUAAAGACCAUUAUUGACAAGUCAAGUGAGAAUGGAGUGGAUUAUGUUAUCAUGGGAAUGCCACACAGAGGGCGUCUGAAUGUUCUCGCCAACGUGAUCAGAAAGGAGCUGGAGCAGAUCUUCUGUCAGUUUGAUUCCAAGCUGGAGGCUGCCGAUGAGGGCUCGGGAGACGUGAAGUACCACUUGGGAAUGUACCACCGGAGGAUUAACCGUGUCACCGAGAGGAACAUCACCCUCUCCUUGGUGGCAAACCCCUCUCACUUGGAGGCUGCAGAUCCAGUGGUUAUGGGCAAGACAAAGGCAGAGCAAUUUUAUUGUGGGGACACUAAAGGAAAGAAGGUGAUGUCCAUUCUCUUGCAUGGAGAUGCAGCUUUUGCCGGGCAGGGCAUAGUGUAUGAGACGUUCCAUUUGAGCGACUUGCCAUCCUACACCACGCAUGGGACAGUUCACGUGGUUGUGAACAACCAGAUUGGAUUCACUACAGACCCUCGUAUGGCCCGUUCCUCUCCGUACCCAACCGACGUUGCCCGGGUGGUGAAUGCACCUAUUUUCCAUGUCAAUGCGGAUGACCCAGAGGCAGUGGUGUAUGUGUGCAAUGUAGCAGCAGAAUGGAGAAGCACUUUCCACAAAGACGUGGUGGUUGACUUGGUGUGUUACAGGCGGAAUGGUCAUAACGAGAUGGACGAACCCAUGUUCACCCAGCCGUUGAUGUAUAAUCAGAUCCGGAAGCAGAAACCUGUGCUGCAAAAAUACGCCGAGAUGUUAAUUUCAGAGGGGGUGGUAAAUCAACCAGAGUAUGAGGAGGAAAUUUCCAAGUAUGAUAGGAUCUGUGAAGAGGCCCAUGCCAGAUCCAAGGAUGAAAAAAUCCUGCACAUCAAGCACUGGCUGGAUUCCCCUUGGCCUGGUUUCUUCACUCUCGAGGGCCAGCCUCGGAGCAUGACCUGUCCCUCUACUGGUCUGAAUGAAGAAGACUUGGUCCAUAUAGGCAAGGUGGCCAGCUCAGUGCCUGUUGAGGAUUUCACAAUUCAUGGAGGUUUGAGCCGGAUUCUGAAAACCCGUGGGAUGUUGGUUAAGAACAGGACAGUAGACUGGGCCUUGGCAGAGUAUAUGGCGUUUGGCUCCCUCCUCAAAGAGGGAAUCCACAUCCGACUGAGCGGCCAGGAUGUCGAGAGGGGGACAUUCAGCCAUCGUCACCAUGUACUGCAUGACCAGAACGUAGACAAGAGGACCUGUAUCCCCAUGAAUCACCUCUGGCCAAACCAGGCUCCUUACACUGUCUGCAACAGCUCCCUGUCGGAGUACGGAGUCCUAGGUUUCGAGCUGGGCUUUGCUAUGGCUAGUCCCAAUGCCUUAGUGCUGUGGGAGGCCCAGUUCGGUGACUUCCACAACACUGCUCAGUGCAUCAUUGACCAGUUCAUCUGCCCUGGCCAGGCCAAGUGGGUGAGACAGAAUGGCAUCGUGCUGCUGCUGCCCCAUGGCAUGGAGGGCAUGGGUCCUGAGCACUCGUCAGCCAGGCCAGAGCGAUUCUUGCAGAUGUGCAAUGACGAUCCAGAUGUCUACCCUAAACUCGAUGACUUUGACGUACGCCAGCUGUACGACUGCAACUGGAUUGUUGUAAACUGCUCCACUCCAGCAAACUUCUUCCACGUCCUGCGAAGGCAGAUACACCUCCCGUUCCGGAAACCGCUGAUCAUCUUCACUCCAAAGUCGCUGCUGCGCCACCCCGAAGCCCGCUCCAGCUUUGAUGAUAUGUUGCCAGGCACUAACUUCCUGCGCGUAAUCCCUGAGAGCGGCCCUGCAGCCCAGAACCCCGACAACGUCAAGAGGGUGCUCUUCUGCACCGGCAAAGUGUAUUACGAGCUCACCCGCGAGCGCAAGGCCCGGGACAUGGAGCCAGACGUGGCCAUCACCAGGGUGGAGCAGCUGUCCCCGUUCCCCUUCGACCUCCUCCAGAGGGAAGCACUGAAGUACCCCAACGCCGAGCUGGUCUGGUGCCAGGAGGAGCACAAGAACCAGGGCUACUACGACUAUGUGAAACCCCGGCUCCGCACGACCAUCGACCGCGCCAAGCCCGUGUGGUACGCCGGCCGCGACCCAGCUGCUGCACCAGCCACUGGCAACAAGAAGACCCAUCUGACUGAGCUCCAGCGCUUCCUGGACACCGCCUUCAACCUGGACGCCUACAAGGCCUUCUCCUAGACCCCACGCAGCUGCUGCAGCAUGCUGUCUGUCUCUUGCUCACCUCCUGUCUCCGUACUUAACUACAGACCUUGUAAACUAAAUGCCCGCGCCUGGAGUCCUUGUUCAUCACUCUGGCUUGUUGCCUUUCACUGAAAAAACCCAAGCGGCCUGCAGAGCUAUAACUCCCCCCUUGCCCUGUCCUUGAGGGGCUGCAGUCUCUGUGCCCUCCUGAGUGGCCAACUCCAUCCUAACGCUACCCCAAAAGCCCGCAGCGCCAGCCAGCUCAGGAGGGCUGGCAAUCAGCCUCUGCUAGCUUCUGUCCUUAGCCCACCCGCUCCCUGCAGGGUUGCCAUGCUGCCUUGUAUCUGGCUCAGGGGAGCGGCUGGGGUUGGCAGAGCCAGGAGGAGGGACAUUGCAAGCACACCUCUCCCCGGCAGAGGAAAGCUGCCAGCAGCAGGGGUUGCAGUUAGGUUCUCCAUAAGAAGGAGACCGUUCCUUUUUCCUUCUGCCUGUGGCGGUUCUUUCCCAAAGCUCAGAGCCUCUGUGGCUAACGUCCUCAAUCGCUCCUGGCCGGCUGUGCUUGUCUCGUAGCCUUGGGCCACUGGCACUGUAGCCCGCUCAGGCGCAGUAAGAUUUAGUGGGGCCCUCGGCACAAAGAACAUUUGGAUCCCUCACGCUUUUCCCCGGGCCUGGCUCGAAGCCAGAGCUGGGCCAUGGUAAGAGCUGCCCAGGGAGUCCUGGCUGCUGUGGGGAACCCUGGACCUUCCCCCUGCCCUGGGCAGCAUGCCCUGGGGGCCAGGGAUACAGGCCAGGAGUUGCUUUUGGGGCUCCCCAAGAGCUGUCCAGGGAGCCUGGGCUGCCGUACCACAGCCUAGGGUGAGCAUACGUCCCCUUUUGGCCAGGACAGUCCCCUUUUUAAGCCCUGAACCAGACAUCCUGACAAAUGCCCAGUUUUGCCAAAAAGGGCCUUGGGCGGGUGAGUGGCAAGGUUUUGGUGGAGACCCUGCGCCUGAUCUCCUGGGCCUGUGUGUUAAUGUGCCACGGCGCCCACUCCCAGCUGUUUAACCCCAGAUCCCUGCUACCUUGCUGACAAACCCCAGGGCCUGGCAUGCACAUCCCUCCUGCCCCUCCUGCAUGUCCAUCCUGCAGCU